AUGAUUGGUCUUGCAGUUGGAGAUAUUGGUCAGAUUCAACGAUCUGCUACACUUCAAGUGGUCGCACAACAAGUCUACUGGUUGGAUCAAGUGGAAUCAAGGUUGUCGAAGUGGCUGCAUAAGAAAGCACAAGUGAAACACUGGGUUAUUCGACCACCUCUCACAUUCAACAGACGAAAACCUCACACAGUGGAAUUGAAAUUUGCGCUUACCAAGCUAAACAAGGAUCUCGCGCGAAUCAAACGUCGAAUGGCGUACAUGGAAAGUGUCCUAGAUCAGACGGUUGAACAGACUGGGAUGGGAUCGUAUAAAACACAACAGGAUGUUGGAAUUUACAGUGAUGAUCCGAUGAUCAAGGAUUAG